AACACACUUGACAAUGCAGCUCUUCCGCUGUAGAUCACUCUACUCUGUUGCUUCGAGCCACGCUAGAUUGUUUACCUCUCCGGCAUACCCACAUGUGCACGUCACCAAGCAGAAAGACGGUAAAAGUGCUGCUGUCUCCUAUCUAUCAGAGCCCAGUCCGCGCUCUCGUUCGAUUGUCGGUUGGUGUCCGCUCAACAAGGCAGGCAAUGACCUUGAUUUGACACAACCCAGACACUUUGAACAUAACCCAGCUUUCCUCAAAGCUUUAGAGGAAGUGUGUCUUGCUCAUGCACAUGAAGAUCCCAUCUUACAAGCAAUCGCAGCGACGCAAGAUUCAGGGCACUUGCAUAUCGCUGAUGAAAAGAACCCACCGGACUAUGGUCGCAUUCCGUACCCAGAGGAUAUUAUUGGCACUGUGCGUAUUGAACAUGGUCAAGUCGUUGCGGGGAGCUUUCGGGCCAUGAAAGAAGCAUUUCGGCCGGCGAGUAUUCAUGGUAUUGUGAAAUUGCCUGCAUACCUGGAAGAAAAGUUACUUGCGCUGCUUAAGAAGGAGGAGGCAUCCGUCAAGCGCGUCUAGGCUCGAUUGAUACGCUCUGCUUGGCACUGAUACAAUAGCAAUUGAGUCUACACUGAGCUGACAUAAGCGCACUGUGCUAGUCCCAUGAUCUUCGACCUGUCAAAGGCUAGUCAACUUGUCAAUGUCAUAUCGUUGGCAGACUUGAGUUGGCCGUGUCCUGCCAUGCUCAGGUUGAACGUCUCA